GCAACAUUCUAGUGAGGGUUAGACGAGGGCUGGCAGAGUAAGUGAGACACUGAAGUAUCGAGAGCUGAAACUGAUUUUAUUUCCUUGAAGAGCUGGCUUUGAAAGGAAUCGGUGGAGUAGUGCAGCUAUCGUAUCAGCAUGCAGGCUUUACCUCUGAGUGACGGACAGACCCUGGAUCUUCUGAAGGGCAGGGGAAGUGGAAUUGCAGAGGAGAUAUCCAAUGUGGUGCGUGUCUUCAUCAGCUCCACAUUCACAGAUAUGUCUACUGAGAGAGAUGCUCUGCUGGACAAAGCCUACCCUGAGCUGCAGGCUUUCUGCCAGACACUGGGCCUGGUCUUUGAGGUAGUGGAUAUGCGAUGGGGAGUGCGUGAUGCGAUAGCUGUGGAUCACAUGACAAUUGAACUGUGCUUAAGGGAGAUACAGUCCUGCCAGAGAGUGUCUGUGGGGCCAAUCUUCACUGCUCUGAUUGGAAACCGCUAUGGCUACCGCCCCAUUCCCAGAGUCAUUGAAGAACAGGAGUUUGAGCUUCUUCUGUCCAAAUUGAGUGCAGAUGAAAGCGCUACGCAGCUCCUCAAAGACUGGUUCUGGAAGGAUGAGAACUCAGUGCCCCCUGCCUACAUCCUGCAGCCCAUCACCACCCACCUGCCCCACUACAGCGACACCAGACCCGAGAGCCGGCCGCAGCACCAGCACGAUGUCGCCACCUGGUGGAGCACCGAGACACAGCUUUCUCGUCUCCUCAGAGCAGCCGCUGUGCAGGCAGAGAAGGAGGGGGAGUUCAGCAGGGAGCAGAGGCACAGGUUCUUCAAAUCAGUUACUGAAUGGGAAAUUGAACAGGGUCUCCUAGCUAGCCAGCAGAGCAAUGCCUGCGUGCAUCUCUUUCUUCGAGAGCUGCCUGAUCUCAGUGGCUCUGUAAGUCAGAAGAGUUCUUCCCAGUUUAUCGAUAUCAAGGAAGAUGGCUGCGUCGACACUGAAGCCCAGGAACUCCUCUCCAGCCUAAAGAUGAAGAUUUCUAGCAACGAUUCCAUCAAACUCAAUGUGCACACCGUACAACUCAGCAAAGGAGCCAUAGACCCCUGCAACAAGACCCAUGCCCAGUACCUUCAGACCCUAUGCGAGCAGUUCAUCUCUGAGAUGAAACAGCAGAUCCUCCGAAGAGACCAAAAGAACCGGGCAGAAGAGAAGUGGGCUUGGCUUCUACAGGAGGUCUCCCACCACAUGGCUUUGAGUGCCUCCAAAUGUGCUGUCUUCUGUGGCCGAGCAGACCUGCUAAACAGCAUCUGUGAAACCGUCAAGGAGCAGGAUUCUGGCCACCAUGCCCCUCUGGUUGUCUUUGGUCCUUCUGGAAUAGGAAAGACCUCAAUGAUGUGCAAACUGUCCCAGGAAGUGCGUCGCACACUCGGGGAGGACUCCGUUCUGGUUUUGAGGCUUCUCGGAACAUCUCCCAUGAGUUCGGAGAUCCACUCCGUUCUGAAAAGCGUUUGCUUCCAAAUUUGUUCGGCUUAUGGGUUCAAUCAUCCCACUCUCCAAACAAUCAACGCGUACGAAGACCUUGUCCGUUUCUUUCACAGCACGCUAGCGGCUGCCUCCCAGAAGAAGGCAGGAUCAUUGGUCCUGAUUCUGGAUUCCCUGGACCAGCUUUCCCCUGCUGAUGGAGCUCACAGACUGCACUGGCUACCCAAGGAGUGUCCGCAAGGUGUCCACAUCAUCGUCUCCACCCUGGGGGAUGGGAAUCCCAUUCUGGAGGUCCUCCUUGGUGGGAUCCAGAACCCAGACAGUUACUUUGCUGUGGGGCAGUUGUCUCUCCAACAAGGUGAGCAGGUGAUCCGCACGUACAUGGCAGCGGCAGGGCGCAGUCUCACCCCUGCCCAGCACAGUCUGAUUCUCAGCAGCUUCAAUCAGUGUGGGCAUCCAUUCCUGCUGAAGCUGGCACUGGAUGCUGCCAGCCAGUGGGCCUCCUACACGCCUCUGCCAGAGCUCCAGGGGGCCACAUCGACCAAGGAAGCCGUGUCCCAACUCUACGAGCGUCUUGAGAAGCAGCACGGAAGGGUCCUUGUGACCCACGCUUUGGGGUUCAUUGUGUCGUCAAGGAGUGGUCUGACGGAGGCAGAGCUAAGGGACGUCCUGUCUGUGGAUGACGAGGUUCUUGCUGAUAUCUACCAGUACUGGCCUCCUCCCAACAGCAGUAUGAUCCGCCUGCCCCCGCUACUCUGGACUCGACUGCGUUACGACCUGGGGGAAUACCUAGUGGAGAGGCAGGUGGAUGGAAACAAAGUGCUGGCACUCUACCACAGGCAGUUCAUAGAAAUGGUCCAGGAAAGAUACUUGUCUGCGGAGCAGAAAUCCCGAAGACAUCAUGUCUUGGCAGAUUUCUUUAAAGGAACGUGGAGUCAGGGAGCGAGGAAACCGAUCUGUCUGCCUUCUCUGAAAACCAGCCUGAACGCCAACCGAAAGGUGGCCUCCCAGCCUUUGUGGUUCACUGACAACGUGGCCAAUCUGAGGAAGCUUCGGGAACUGCCUUUCCAUCUGCUGCACGCCGGCCGCAGAGACGAGCUCAAACACAACGUCAUUGGUAAUAUGGACUGGCUUGUUUGUAAGACUCAAGCCUGUGGAAUAAGGAGUGUCAUUGAAGACCUGUGCAUGUGCGCUGAGCAUAUUGACUGUCCUGAAGUGCGGCUUGUGCGAGAUGCAUUUCUCCUUUUCAAACCAACCAUGGAUUUCAUCGAGGGACAAAUGGAUAGCUGUCUGCUGCACACCGAGCUUCUUGCCAGACUCCACUUCUUUGCGGACUCAUACUCUCUGAUUGGGUCUCUGUGCUCGCAGUGCAGUGACUUUCUCAGCACCUCUCCCAACCCCACCUUCAUCCCCCUGUCGGGAUUCUUUCAGCCCCCCGGCGGGCCAUUAAAGACCACCCUGACUGGAUUUAAUAAAGGUAUCACAGUGCUGGAGCUGUGCUCACAGUCCAGGCUGCUGCUGGUUGGAGCGGAGGACGGCAGAAUGAUUGUGUGGAAUGUGAACGACACUGAAGUGAUCCACACCCUGACCGGACACACGGCGGAGGUGCAGUGUGUCAGGGUGAUUGGAAAGGGCACUCGCUGUGUGUCCGGCUCCUAUGAUCAAACUCUGCGUGUGUGGAGCCUGGUGACGGGGAAGCAGCUUCACUGCAUCGAGGAGGGGCCUCGCGGCCCCCAGAACUGUGCCCUGCUUCACGUGGAGGAGAAGAGGGGCAUCAUAUACUCUGGGACCAGCACUCAGUUGAAUGCCUGGCAGCUGGAGACGGGCUCUCUGCUCUUCUGCAUUGACUCAGAGAGCGCUGUGUUCACUGUGAUCCCCGGGGGCGAUGAGCCUGGCAUAGCCCUCGCUGAAGGAGGCCUGCUCACACUGUGGGACAGAGGCACAGGCCGGUUAGGAAUGACCUCCAAGCUCUGUGACCUGGGAAGAGCCGUGCCCACAUGCACCCUUCCACUGAGAACACACAGGAGACUAGCAGCCGGGUUCAGCGAUGGAUCAGUACUCCUGAUUUCUACAGAUGGCAGGUUUGAUGCUCAGAAAGUUGCUUCUUCUAUUUCAUUUCUUGUUGUUUCUGAAGACGAGACAGUCCUUUGUGCAGGCCAUGGCAAGAGUGUUGCAGUGUUCCAGUUAGACCCCUCCGCGAUGGAGAGGUGCUUUGUGAAUGACCUGGAGCAUGAAGACACUGUGCUGACAGCAGCCGUGGGCACCACACAAGGAGUUCUGAUCACCGGCUCAAAGAACGAAGCGAUACGGGUGUGGAGUUUGUCCAGUGGUGCGCUGCUGGACUCGUUCUCUGGGAUGGGGGUCUCGGUCACUGCGCUGGUGUUGGUGGAGGAUACUCUCAUCUCUGCUUCAAGACAUGCUUAUUACCUGAAGCUGUGGCGUCUUCACUACAACCCGAGAAACAAGACCACUGCCCCUGUCCCCGCCUGCAGGCUGCUCACUGCUGUGUCACACCACGGGGAGUAUGUGUACUUCCUGAAACCCGGAGACAGAAAGAAAGUCAUUGUGUGGGACUACCUGCAAGGUUCUUCUGUUGAUACGAUUGACUGCUCAGCAGAGGUGUGCUGUCUGGAAGUGGCUCAGCUGAAGAAGCUGCUCUUCUGUGGAGUGCGAUCAGGAACAGUGCUGGUCUAUCCACUGGAAUUCAGACACGACACAAUGUGCAUUCCCCCACCAGAACCGCUCCAGAAGGUGUGCAGCAUUGGGCUCAGCAAACUGGAGGACAGGCUGGCUGUGGCGUACGAGGACACUAUACUUGUAUUUGAUUUCAACCCUGGAAAGGAUUACCCAGUAAUUCCAGGGCCUAUUCACAAACUAGCCGCCCCUCAGCACACUGUGUCCAGUAUCGCGGUGCUGUCAGACUGCAGUCUUCUCUGUGGCUUGGGGAAUGGUGAGGUGUCUUUCCUAAAGGACUCGAAUGCAGUUCCUCUUCAGGCCCACUCCAGUCAGAUCACUUGCAUAGCCAUCAGUAACCAGGAAAUCCAUGCGCUUGUAGGCUCUCAGGAUUCAAUACAAAGACUGUGGAACUUAAAACUGGGCCUGCUGGAUCAUGAGAUGAAAUAUAAGAGCUUCUUUUUCGAGGGGAUUCUCUGCGCUGCGUUCUCUCAGGAUGAUCAGUAUGUUUACACUGGAUCCCAUGAUAGGUCCAUUAAAGUGUGGCACACUGGGAACGGGAGCCUGCUGGCAGUGCAGUAUGUCUACGCUUCAGUCCCCAGGAUAGUAGCCACUUCAGAGGGGUUCAUUGCAGUCUCACACCUGGGGUACAUCAUCAAGGAGAGAUUCAUCAGCCCCAAGAGAAUCCGAGCCCAGUACAACCCACUGCAGAACAGCAGAGACCAAUACACAGUGACCUCCAGAGAGAGAGCAGCCCUACCACUCCUCAGAGCACCAGCACAGCAGGGCAAAAGCAGCAAACCCACGCUGAAGAGAUCUCAGUCAUGUGCUGUGUUAUGAGAAGCAAUGAGCACACACAGAGAGGCCUCAUGUAAUAAUCACACACAGGGGGACCUCAUGUAAUAAUCACACACAGGGACCUCAUGUAAUAACCACACACAGAGAGGCCUCAUGUAAUAAUCACACACAGGGGGACCUCAUGUAAUAAUCACACACAGGGACCUCAUGUAAUAACCACACACAGAGAGGCCUCAUGUAAUAAUCACACACAGGGACCUCAUGUAAUAAUCACAGAGAGGCCUCAUGUAAUAAUCACACACAGAGAGGCCUUAUGUAAUAAUCACAUACAGAGAGGUCUCAUGUAAUAAUCACACACAGAGAGUCCUCAUGUAAUAAUCACACAGGGGAACCUCAUGUAAUAAUCACACACAGGGACCUCAUGUAAUAUUCACACACAGAGAGGCCUCAUGUAAUAAUCACACACAGGGACCUCAUGUAAUAAUCACACACAGGGGAACCUCAUGUAAUAUUCACACACAGAGAGGCCUCAUGUAAUAAUCACACACAGAGAGGCCUCAUGUAAUAAUCACACACAGAGAGGCCUCAUGUAAUAAUCACACAGGGGAACCUCAUGUAAUAAUCACACACAGGGGAACCUCAUGUAAUAUUCACACAUAGAGAGGCCUCAUGUAAUAAUCACACACAGAGAGGCCUCAUGUAAUAUUCACACACAGAGAGGCCUCAUGUAAUAAUCACACACAGGGACCUCAUGUAAUAAUCACACACAGAGGCCCUCAUGUAAUAACCACACAGUAUCUGAGAGGGGAGGAAUCUGUGUAUAAAUCAAGAGUUUAUCUGAUUAUAGCCCAAUGCAAUUGGAAACAUCUACAGGAGUGUAGAAAAGAUUGGCAAAGACACACUUUUAUAUUUUUACACCCCAGCACUUCAAUCAUCUCAGUGAUUCAACGUGGCAUGGCUACCCAUUCCACACACCCAGCACUCUCUGUGUGAAAAGGAAAGGGCUUCCUUCCCUUUUGAAUUUGUCCCCACUUUGACAUUGCCACUGGACUGUUGGUCCCUUUUGGGAUUUAAAAAACUGCUCAAAUCUCCCUGUCAUUUCCAGGCUAAAUGGAUUGAGUUGCCUCAGCCUCUCAUCUUCAGCACUCAUUUAGUCCUGGGAUUAGGCUGCGUGCUCUUCAUACUCUAUACUGUAGAAGUAAGCCCCAUUCAAUUACCUGCCGUAACAUAUUCCGUGCACUAGAUGGUGCUGGUGCUUAUUUCUAUAAAGACACUCGCCUACAUUACACAUGCCUGCAAGUUGAAAUGGUUGCCUACAUGACUUUCAAAGUUUUACAUUAUAACUGAUGAUGGUUGCGUGAUCUGUAGGACUGUAAGAGUAGCUAAAAGGGUUACACAUCUUUUUAAUUGGAACAGCACCUUUACAUUGUAUCAAAACAUUGAUAAUAGAUAAGACACAGAACGCUCUGCUUAACUGGGCAACUCCCUCAAAUUCCCACUUGUUUGGGUCCCCAAUCUUGAAGCAAUAAGAUGUGUGUGUAAUUUGAAAAACCCAAGGUUACGAAAGAGCUGUCUUUUUGUUUUAGUGAGAUUGCUGGUCAGAAAGAGAAAGAGGAGCACAUAGAGAACUUGGAAACAACAGCUUCAAUAACAUCCAGCUAAAACACCCCAGUAAUUCAACCAGCUUGGAAGUAAACCCAAAUAUUGUUCAAAGGACUUAAAAAGAAACCUUAUUAACCUGGAUCACCAUUAAAGAAAGGGACAGUUAAUGAUUGAUGAAUUAAUUAUGGUCUGUCUGUCCUGCCGAGUUGGACACCUCAAUGCAAAGAGACCCGAUAGGGACAGCACUCUGGAGAGGAUUUCUCAUCAACAAAGACCUGAUAGGGACAGCACCCUUCGGAUCAGCUCUGCAGAAUAACACAGAGUCUUCUCCAUUGAACUAAUAGAAAAGAGUUAUAGAAAAUAUAGCUGGAGAAUGUAAUACAUACAUAUUUACAGUAAGGUUGAUAUGUGUGAAAUAUAAAAGGGUGUUCUAUAUGUUGUUUAUUAACAAAAGGGGCUGAAGUAAGAAUUUAAUGAGUGAUUUAACAAGCAUAGCGUGAGAAUCAUAUAGUGAUCUAAGAAAUUGAGUAAAAGGUACUAGAAUAAAUAAGAACAAGUGAAAUGGGUGUUACGUUUGUGUGCCGUGAAUUCUAAUUGUAGGAAAUACAAUUUAACAAUAGAUUGAUGAAUAAUGAAUUACUAGUUUGUAACAUUUUAUUAAUUAGAAUUCACUGAAGUCUGAAUAUUAGUGUUAUCUGAAUAUUAGUGAUUGCUGAAACAUAAUGAACUGAUUUAUGCUAUUUUGAUAUUAAUCUUCUUUUCUACUUUUAUACUGUACCUAUUUUCUGACCUUGAUAAAAUUCAUAAAAAUAUAUACAGUGUUAUGUGAUUUACUGCUCAAUUGUUAAUCUCGCCAAUUUUUAACUCAAGAUUUU